AUGGGUGGUUGGGCUAUUGCUGUGCAUGGUGGUGCUGGUGUUGACCCUGACCUCCCCCUCCAACGCCAAGAAGAAGCCAAACAACUUCUCACUCGUGUUCUCAAUCUCGGCAUCUCUGCUCUUCGUUCCAAUCUUUCCGCCAUCGACGUUGUCGAACUUGUGGUGAGAGAAUUGGAAACGGAUCCACUAUUCAACUCGGGUUGUGGAUCUGCCCUAACGGCCAAAGGAACUGUCGAGAUGGAGGCUAGCAUAAUGGAUGGUCCAAAACGACGAUGCGGUGCCGUUUCGGGAUUAACCACCGUUAAAAAUCCCAUUUCUCUCGCAAGAUUGGUUAUGGACAAAUCUCCUCAUUCUUAUCUUGCUUUUGAUGGUGCUGAGGAUUUUGCAAGACAACAGGGUGUGGAGGUUGUUGACAAUGAGUACUUUAUCACUCCUGACAAUAUUGGUAUGCUUAAGCUGGCAAAGGAAGCAAAUACAAUUCUGUUUGAUUAUCGAAUUCCAUCCAAAGGAUGUGGUGCAGGAGUUGAAAGUCCAUUGAAAAUGAAUGGACUUCCAAUGAGUGUAUAUGCACCCGAGACAGUCGGAUGCGUAGUUGUUGACCGUGAAGGAAGGUGUGCAGCCGCCACUUCCACCGGCGGGCUAAUGAACAAAAUGGUUGGACGAAUCGGCGACUCGCCUCUCAUUGGAGCAGGUACCUAUGCAUGUAAACUUGCUGGAGUAUCAUGCACUGGGGAAGGCGAGGCAAUCAUCCGGGGGACAUUGGCGCGUGAGGUGUCUGCUGUUAUGGAGUACAAAGGUCUUGGACUUCAAGAGGCAGUAGAUUAUGUGAUUAAGAAUCGGUUGGAUGAAGGAAUGGCUGGACUAAUUGCGGUUUCUAAUAAAGGUGAAGUUGCUUAUGGAUUUAACUGCAAUGGUAUGUUUAGAGGAUGUGCUUCUGAGAAUGGGUUUAUGGAAGUUGGAAUUUGGGAGUGA